UUCAGAGUGGCAAAUGGGAAACUUCACUACAAUUUUACUGCCUUGGAUAACCUCAUGGAUCGCCUGUGGGAAAAUAAGCUAACUCCGGGAUUUGAAUUGAUGGGGAAUCCAUCGGGAUAUUUUUUAGAUUUUGAAGAUAAAGAACAGGUAGUAAGAUGGAGAAACUUAAUUACACUUCUGGCCAGCAGAUACAUAGAUAGGUAUGGAUUGGAGCAUGUUGCUCGAUGGAAUUUUGAGACGUGGAAUGAACCAGACCACCACGACUUUGACAAUGUGUCUAUGACAGUGGAAGGGUUUCUCAACUAUUAUGAUGCUUGCUCAGAAGGAUUAAGAGCAGCCAGUCCUCUACUAAAAUUUGGAGGGCCUGGGGAUUCCUUCCACCCUUUACCCAAGUCACGCAUAUGCUGGAGUCUUCUGUGUCAUUGCUACAAUGGAACCAACUUCUUCACAGGGGAAACUGGUGUACGACUGGACUACAUCUCUCUCCACAAGAAAGGAUGUGGGAGUUCCCUGUACAUCUUGCAACAAGAAGUAGAAGCAGUCGGACAAAUUCAGAAGCUGUUUCCAAAUUUUACUUCUGUUGCCAUAUACAAUGAUGAAGCAGAUCCAAUGGUUGGAUGGUCCAUUCCACAACUGUGGCGAGCUGAUGUGACCUAUGCAGCUAUGGUAGUAAAGGUAAUCAUCCAGCAUCAAAACCUGCUCAUUUCCAAAGCCAAUAACACCAUCAACUACACACUGCUGAGUAAUGACAAUGCCUUCUUGAGCUACUAUCCCCAUUACUUCACACAGCGAACUCUGACAGCUCGUUUUCAGAUGAACAAUACAAAGCCACCUCACGUCCAGAUGGUGCGGAAACCAGUGCUCACUGUCAUGGGCUUGCUGGCACUGCUAGGAGAAAACCAGAUUUUUGCAGAAGUGAUUGGCAGUGAAGAUGAAAGCACUCACAAUGACACUGUUGGUGUCCUGGCAUCUGUGCACACCCCAAAUGAGAUGCAGCCCUCAGACAGUUGGCAAGCUACUCUGCUGAUGUAUUCAAGUGCGGAUAACAGGACUUCAUCCAACAUCAGCACCGUCACGGUGAAUGCUACCCACUUCCCCAAACUUAGAGAGCUGGUGUAUGUGACGUAUUACCUGGAUAACAACCAAACCAAUCCCUACCUGAAGUGGAAAAAGCUAGGAAGCCCUGACUUUCCUUCCCCUGAUCAGUUCCAGCAAAUAAGGGAUGCUGAGGACCCAGUCGCAACAGGCCCAUUCCCAUUUCCUGAAGGUGGCAUCCUGACACUGAAGCAAGACUUGCCUGUUCCCUCAGUCUUUCUUAUCCACAUCUGUGCAAGACCCAGAUCUGUUCCUGAUCAGGUGACUGGUGUUCGUUUGAUCCCCCUCACAAAGGGUCAGGUCCUCGUGCUGUGGGACGAUGACUGUGUAAAUUCAAAAUGUGUAAAGACAUUUGAAGUGGAAUUUUCACCAGAUGGAAAAGCAUACAAGCGGAUUAAUGCCAAAGACACAAUAUUCACUCUCUGGGUCUACAGUCCAGGAAGCUCAGUCUCCGGCUUUUACAGAGUGCGUGCCAUUGACUACUGGGGGAAGGCAGGCCUGUCUUCUCUUCCUGUGGAGUAUGUUGAAGCUUUCAAGUAACUCUGAAGAGUGGUGUCUGGCUUCUUGGCUGAGUAGUGUAUGUUCCCUGUAAAUUACAACUCCUCAGAAAAAUAAGCUCCUCCCAUGCUGAGGAGGGAGCACUGAGAAGACCUCAUGAAGCAAGUUAGGAAUGCAAGUUAGAAGCAAAUGUCCCUAUUAACUCUUCAGAGCUCAAAAGACAUCGUUAUCAAGCAGCCAUGCUGACAACUCAACUGGUAGAAUUCUAAGAGGCUGCUGUAAAACUGAGAUUCAGCUUGGUACCUAGGAAUUAUGGGAAUA